AUGGAGAACAAGAAGAAUAAGAAGAAUAAUAAUAAUAAGAAUCAAGAUGAUGAGACAGAAUCAGUUGAUUUGAAUAAGUUAAAGUUGGAUGAUGAGGAACAGGAGCAGGAGCAGGAGCAAAAGAAGGAGUUCAUUGAUGAUUCAUGGUUAUCAACAUUAAAGCUUGCACCAAGUGAUUACUUGACUGAACUAGAUCGUGCCAUAUGUCCACAAUGUAAGAAGAAGAGAAAGUACUUCUGUUACGACUGCUACGUACCCUUUGGUGAGCCUGGACUGGCACCAAAGCUCAAGUUGCCAAUCAAGUGUGACAUCCUUCAUUAUCCAACUGAGUUGUUGUCAAAGAGCACGGCUAUUCAUUCAAAGGUGAUCGCGUUUGAUGAUGUAUCGAUACAUGAGUUCCCAGAGGUACCAGAUUAUAAUGUUGAUGAGACGGUGCUGUUGUACCCAUCGGCCACCUCGGAGUUUGUUCGCGAAUCAGACCUGUCCAAUGUGAAGCGUGUCGUGUUCAUCGACAGCCAAUGGCACACGGCCAAUAGAAUACUGCGCGAUCCACGCGUCAAGAAGCUGCGAUGCAUAAAGAUCGACCAGCACAAGACAUUGUUCUGGCGCUAUCAACAACAUGGCGAUGCAUAUCUGGCCACGAUCGAGGCCAUCUACUACUUUUACCGCGAGCUACACAUGCGUUUGAAUGGUGGCAACUACGACGGACAGUAUGACAACCUAUUGUUCUACUACACCUUCUUCUACAACCUCAUUCAAAAGACCUACAAACAAGGUGAUCGCAACUUCUGGAGGAAACAGAACUAUAUCAAGCCAGCCAAAGAUGGCAUCACUGGCGACUCCAUUACUGGCGACUCAACUGGCGAUGACGAAGCCAACGACUCCACCGGCAACACUGGUGGCGACUCCAACAACACAUAUAUCAGCACUGCUGACACAACAGACUAA